UCGAAUACAGUUUUGUGGUUUUUUUAGUGCACGUAUUUUUCUAUGUUAAAUCAAUUUAUUGUGAGUAUUAUGUUGUUAAUUGUAAUACAUCACCUCUAACUGAAGUUCUAUACAUUUUCUUCGUAUAUUUUCACUUUACUAUUGAUAAUGGCAAAGCUAACAAUCCUUUACGAGCACGCCACUGGCUUCACAUUGUUUAAAGUUAAAGAAUUUGAAGAUAUAGGUUCAGAAUUAGCACAAGUUGAAAAAGCUGUACGUGAUUUACAGCGCUUUACAAAAAUUGUUGAGUUAUUGGCAUUUGCUCCUUUCAAAACAUCUGUUGAUGCAUUGGAAGCAAUUAAUAGCAUUUCAGAAGGUUUAUUGCCAGAGAGUCUACAAGUUUUUUUAGAAACCAAUGUACCUAAAGUGGGAAAAAUGUCAAAAGUAUUAUUGGGAGUAUCUGACAGCAAAUUAGGGGCAAGCAUAAAUGAAAAACUUGGUCUUAAGAUUCAACAUACUGGUUAUGUACUUGAAAUAUUGAGAGGGAUAAGAUAUCAUUUUCCUUCUCUAAUGAAGGGAUUUGCUCCUAAAUUAGAAGGUAUAGCUCAGUUGGGUCUUGGUCAUAGCUAUUCUAGAGCUAAAGUAAAGUUCAAUGUUAACAAAGUUGAUAAUAUGAUAAUUCAUAGUGUAUCUUUACUUGAUCAAUUAGACAAGGAUUUAAAUACAUAUUCUAUGCGUAUAAGAGAAUGGUAUUCUUAUCAUUUCCCAGAACUUUACAAAAUUGUACCUGAAAACUAUUUGUUUGCUAAAGUUGUAAAAUAUAUUGGUGAUCGUAAACAACUCAUUGAUGAAAAGUUCGAAGGUUUAGAAGAAAUUGUUAUGGAUUCUGGAAAAGCAGCUGCUAUUUUUAGUGCUGCUAAAUCAUCUAUGGGAAUGGAUAUCUCUCCUGUUGAUUUGUGUAAUGUGUUAUUGUUCACCAAACGUGUUAUAUCAUUAUCUGAGUAUAGAAAGAGUCUCUCUGAAUAUUUGAAAAAUAAAAUGUGCACAGUUGCUCCAAAUAUGGCUGCUUUAAUUGGUGAACAAGUAGGAGCACGUCUCAUUUCGAAAGCUGGUUCAUUGACAAAUCUAGCGAAAUGUCCAGCUUCUACGGUUCAAAUCUUAGGUGCCGAAAAGGCUUUAUUUAGGGCAAUGAAAACUAAAACUAGUACACCGAAAUAUGGUUUAAUUUAUCAUUCAACGUUCAUUGGUCGUGCUGGGAAACAAUUUAAAGGUCGUGCUUCUCGUUUCCUUUCUAACAAAUUGAGUAUUGCAAGUCGUAUAGAUGCGUUUGCAGAAAAUCCAUGUAAUAUAUUUGGACAAAAAAUGAAACAACAAUGUGAAGAUAGACUAAAAUAUUUUGAAACUGGUGAAAAACCUCCUAAAAAUGUUGAUGUCAUGCAUGAGGCAUUACAAGAAUCACUUGUUCUACAGCAACAAAAUGAAAGUUUAAAUACAAUUAUUAAACGUAAAAAAUCUAAGAAGGAAAAGAAAUCUAAAAAAAAGAAGGUUGAGAAUCAAGAAAAUGGAGAAGAAUAAAUAACUUUUUUAACAAUUCACUAUUUCUUUAUUCUUUGAUAAUAACAAUUAUAAUAAAAUAUCAAAAAAAAUUUA